GACAGUGUUUUUUAACACCGCACCGGCCGGCUUGAUUUCUGCGGGAAAUUGGAACGAAAAAAUAAACAUUUUUAGGGUAUUUCGGCAUAAAAAGUUGUGAUGGCAGCUACAGCAACAAAGAAUGCAAUCACUCUGAAGGGCUCGACUGAAACAGUUGCAGAAUUUUUUGACUAUGGUAUAAACAGUAUCCUGUAUCAGCGAGGUAUUUAUCCACCAGAAACCUUCACCAGGGUACAGAAAUAUGGGCUUACCCUUCUAAUCAGCACAGAUGAGGCCAUCAAAAAAUACUUAUCACAAGUUAUCUCACAAAUUAAAGAAUGGCUUCUCAAUAUGACUGUAAACAAGCUAGUGGUUGUUAUAAAAAGUCUAAACACGAAUGAAGUGUUGGAACGAUGGCAGUUUGAUGUGGAGUGUGAUAAAACAGCCUUAACUGAUAGCAAACCUCGUGAGAAGUCAGAGAAGGAAGUGAAUGGAGAAAUACGAGCUGUUAUACGACAGAUCACUGCUUCUGUAACAUUCCUGCCACUUAUAGAGGAACCUUGUAGUUUUGACCUACUUGUGUAUACAGACAAGGAUCUGGAAGUUCCCGAUUCCUGGGGCGAGUCUGGACCACAGUUUGUUACUGAUUCUGAAGAAGUACGCUUACGCUCAUUCACAACAACAAUACACAAAGUAGAUACAAUGGUAGCUUACAAGAAAACUCAAUGAUUGUGUAUGGCUGUGAAAUAUGUGUAUAUUGUGCAAUUUCCUGUAAAUGAGACAGAAAAUCUACUGGAAAUCAUUGAUUGAUCAAGCAUUAAGUAUUUUGGAAAAUGCAGAAGAUACGCUCAACCUGAAUAAUGCUGAGCAUAGACGAAGCAAGGGAUGGAACAUAUUUUGAUAAAGAAUUAUGUUGCAUGGAGUUUGUUUGCAUUAAUUACAAAGAUUAACAAAGAAAUAAUUUGGAAGAUGUCAAAUCAGCACUCCUUUGGUGCUGUCAGUAGCGGCCAGUUUAGCUCUUAAAUAGAAAAAGGGAGUAGAAGGGCAUUAAGUGUGCAUCAUGAUAAAUGAUGAAAGUGACUUGCAGUUUUGACGUUAUAGUUUCUUCUAGUAAUAAUGAAGGAAACAUGUAUCUCAGUACUAUUUUCUGUAGUCUUGAAUUUAAGCUUGUAUCACAGCAUUAUGAAUGUAAAUAUGCUAGCUUCCUUGUAUCUUGUUUAUGAUGCAAUGUCAGAUGUCCUCAGUUUUCGAAGGUUUUUUUUUCACAGGCUUGUUAAGUUGGGGAAAAUAAUAGCUUGGUAUUUGUGAAAUGGGGUAACAUUAACACUGAUGGAAAGUCGGGUUUAGGGGAAAACAGGAACUUUUUGUGCUAAGAUGGACAUUCAGAUAAUAUGGUGCAAUCAUUCACCAUACAAGACAAAAAUGUCAAGCCCCCUGUUAUAAACCCUACCAAAAAGUCCAAGGAAAAUACUAUUCUUAGAUCAAUUAUCUUUUUCUGUAUUAAAAAUUGAUAUGAAAUGAAAUUAUAAUUGAUGACUUUCGAUAGACAUCACUUUGAUUUUUUUUCAACUAAGUUGUGUUUAAGAGUGACUUAAUCUGUUAGUGACCUUCAUCUUGUCAGAAGGAGUAAUGGUACUUGGAUUAGUCAUCAUAAUCCUCUUAUUUUCUCAUAUUUAUCUCUUUGAAAAACAAAUACUGUUCUCAGUAUGAAGAAUAAUAUAUUGUAAGGCUCAAUGUAGUUAGCUGAUUUUUUGGUUGGUACAAAUGUUUCUAGGAAAAAAUAUUUCAAUUUAUGUCAUGGCAUAAUGAUGGUUUUAUUUUCAACAGCCAGAAUAUAGAUGUUUAACUAACUGUAAACUCUGGAGAGCUACUACUCUAUUACUGUUAUUGUUCUGUACCAUCUACAUACAGUUUGCUUUGAUAGGAAAAUGCUGUACAUUGCUUGUCUGUUGGACAUUAACAUGUAUAUUUCAGUUGAAUGGUGAUGUGCUAUUUGGCUAUUUAUGUGAGUUUUAGCUUGACUAUACGGAGAUAUAUUUGGAGAGUUAUCCUACUUACCUGCAUCGGCGUCAACACCUUGGUUACAGGGCUUUUCAUUGGGCAAUUGGGAAGAGACCUUGGCCUUUCAAAUUUGGAAAUUCAUGGGCGAUGACUGCCUUCUUUGAGAAAAACUCAUUUUAUUGAAGAAAUGGGUUGUGUAUUAAUUGUUAAAAGUAUUUUCAACUAAGUAAUUAGUACAUUAUUUUUGAGACAUUUACAACUGCAUUUGAGCCAUGCCAUGAGAAAACCAACAUAGUGGGUUUGCGAACAGCAUGGAUCCAGACCAGCCUGCGCAUCCGCGCAGUCUGGUCAGGAUCCAUGCUGUUAGCUAACAGUUUCUCCAAUUCCAAUAGGCUUUGAAAGCGAACAGCAUGGAUCCUGACCAGACUGCGUGGAUGCGCAGGCUGGUCUGGAUCCAUGCUGGUCGCAAACCCACUAUGUUGGUUUUCUCAUGGCACGGCUCAUUUACAUUUUCAUGCCACAGUUAUUUUGUUCAUCUUUGAACUUGUCAACAAACAAUUUUCAGCCACGAGCAUAUUAAGUUUCUUUUCACUGCAUUAAAACAAUGGUUUCUUUGUAUUUUCUUUUAAUAGAGGCAAACAUUUAAAAUUUAGUGACAUUUUAAAGUAAAUUCAUCCAAGAAAAUUUAAGUAACUUCUUAAUAUCUAAAUAAAAAUUGUGAAAACAAAAUUAAAGUGAUCCCCCAUAAAAGCUAGACUAAAAAGAGACUAAAACCUAGACCAGACAACAUAGUGGAUUAGACUGGUAUACAUAACUCAUGCUACAUUGCACUGUUAUGCUACUGAUGUCAAGGAAAAGUGAUACCAGACGAUUUUUUUCCACCAGAAAAGUUAAAAUGUAAACAAAACUUAAUGUUUUGGGAAAUACUACCUAGCUGUUUUGGAAGUUCCUCUUCCACAAUUUGCAUACUAUUCAAAACCCUAAUUUUUGCAUAUUUAGUACUUUAUAAUUGAAGUGUAAAGUAGUUGCAUCUAUGAAUAUUUUAUUUUGAACAACGUCUCGGAUCUGAUGUAAAAGAAAUCAGAAGUAAAUACUGUACUUAAAGUUUAUGAAAUUUAAAUAGUUCACAUGACUUAAAAUGACACUUGAAUACACAAAUAGUAAAAUACACACCAGGGCAUUUCAGCAUAUGAGCCGUGCCAUGGGAAAACCAACAUAGUGGGUGUGUGACCAGCAUGGAUCCAGACCAGCCUGCCCAUCCGCGCAGUCUGGUCAGGCUCCAUGCUGUUCGCUUUUAAAGCCUAUUGGAAUUGGAGAAACUGUUAGCGAACAGCAUGGAUCCUGACCAGACUGCGCAGAUGCGCAGGCUGGUCUGGAUCCAUGCUGGUCGCAAAGCCACUAUGUUGGUUUUCUCAUGCCGCGGCUCAGUUAUGUAUAUGCUACGUAAACACUGGAGUCUAGGUGAUUGGAACUUGGAUUAUAACUUAUUUACGGUACUCUUAUAGUGGUUGACAUUUAUGGUGCAUACAUUAACUGCCCCGGGGAAACGACCAGACAGAUGGCACUGAUGUUGAACAGGCAAGUUAUCAGAAUGGUAGACAUGCAAACAUUUUCUCAUGGGUGAAUAUUUCUUCUAAAUAAAUAAACUUUAGUCUCAGAAAAUUUGAUGUAUUUUGUAUUGCUAACAUUCAGCCCUGUAAAAAAUGAGUAUAUAAAAUGCAUAUAAUGAAAGCAGAGUAGAAUAUUGUAUGUUACAAUUAUUGGGUGAAAUAGAACAUCUAUACUUUAUCUACGAUUCAUGUAUAGGCUGUUAAAUUGCUGGGGAUUGUGUUAGAAUCUGGCAUAAAUUACUUCCAACAUCAUCAUCCACAUUGAUAUGCUAUCCAGUGAAAGUACUCUCUUUCUCAGAUAUGCUCUAUUUCACUAUCCAGCACGGAAAUAGCUGAGUGCACUGUCUUCUGUGACAGCUCUUGUUGAUGGCCCAAACACAUACUUUAAUCAUCAGAAAUUGGAGGGGUUUUUGAAAAGUGUGUUUGAAUUGUUUAAUAUUUGUAUUUUUGUCUUGCUUGUGAUAAAGCUAUCAUUUAUAUUGAAUAAAUUCAUAUUUAU